CCUAGAACCUCCGAGAAGCUCCACGAACUCGCCCAGCUUUGAGCCACUUUUUACCCAGAACGCAUCAGUUUAAGAAGAGCUUAAUCGCACGCAGUCAAUCACUCCGCAAGAUGUCGUUCUGGCCGUGUAACUCGACGAGUAAUGAAGGCUUGGCCAAGAACUUGAAGCGCACGGGCGUCGUCCGCUCCGACGCUGUGUUCAAAGCGAUGAUCAAGACAGACCGUGCCAAGUAUCUGGCACAGAUUGAGACUCCAGAUGGAGGACAUGUCGGGGAAUUGGCAGCGUACCAAGACAUUCCUCAUCCUAUCGGCUACCAUCAGACUAUCUCAGCGCCACACAUGCAUGCCCAUGCGAUGGAACUGGGCUAUGCAGCGAUCAAGGACGUCAGCCAUCCACGGAUUCUUGACAUUGGCGCUGGCUCUGGGUAUCUAACUGCGUGUCUUGGUCGGAUGGUGGAAGACAAUGGACACGUUUUCGGACUGGAGAUCAUCCCUGGACUCGUGCAGUUCGCUAAGAAGAAUAUCCAGACAGCCGACGGAGACUUGAUCGACCGAGGUAUUGUGUCUGUGCGCUGCCACAACGGUUGGGACGGUCUACCGAACGAAGCACCAUUCCACUACAUCCACGUUGGUGCUGCAGCUGAAGUUCCGCCUCAAGCUCUCCUGGACCAACUUGCAGAUGGCGGACGGAUGGUGCUGCCUCUGGACGAAGCUCGAGGCGGCCAAGUGUUCGUGGAGAUCACCAGACAUGGCAAUAACUUCUCGCAACGUCGACUGUUUGGCGUCUGCUACGUGCCACUCGUCCGCGAGCGUGAACGCAAGCUCAGCUGAGAGCUGUAGGAAAGUUGAAGUUUUCAUAGUACCGUAGCUCGAAAAAGUCUAUACCUCCAUUACUGCACACCACAAGAAAUCGACCAUAACUUCAACUUGAGUUCAUAUAAUGUUGCGGU